AUGGACCGAAAAGACUUGAAAAUCAUGAAAAAAGAGUUCAAUUAUUUGAAUGACGAAACAUUCAGCCUUCUCACCAAGAAGGGCGUCUUUCCCUACGAUUACAUCGAUUGUUUGGAAAAAUUGAAUGACACUAAACUACCACCUAGAGAAUCUUUUUACAAUAAAUUGAAUGACCAUCACAUUUCCGAAGAGCAGUACGCCCAUGCUCAAAAUGUAUGGUCAGCUUUCAAAAUUUCAGACUUGGGAACAUAUUCAGACAUUUAUUUAAAGACGGAUGUAUUAUUGUUGGCCGAUGUGUUUGAAAAUUUUCGGAAGAAAUGUAUUGCGUCUCAUGGGUUAGAUUCAGCAUGGUACUAUACCAUGCCUGGAUAUACCUGGGACGCAAUGUUGAAGUACACCAAAUGCAAACUUGAAUUACUGAAUGAUGUUGAUGAAAUUAUGUUCAUUGAAAGGGCUAUACGAGGUGGAAUCUCAGUUUGCAGCAGCCGGUACGCGGAGGCCAAUAAUCUACAUAUGUCUGAUUUCGAUCCGAAAGACCCAUCAAAAUAUCUCAUGUACUUGGACGUCAAUAAUCUAUAUGGAUGGGCAAUGUCAGAAUAUUUACCGUUCGGAGGAUUUUCUUGGGUGGAUGACGUUGAAAAUUUUGAUGUUAUGGCUAUCGCAGACAACGCUCCCGAGGGAUCAUGUCUCCUCCUCUGCGAUUGGAAGAACUGA